AUGGUCAAGUCCUACCUGAAGUAUGAACAUGCGAAAUCCUUCGGUGUCGUAACCUCCAGUACUUCCAAUAUCCUCUGGACCUCGAAAGAUGGAUCCAGCACCAGUGCAGGCCAGGCAGUCGUUGCUGCCAACGAAGAGGUCAUAUGCUGGGAUAUCAAGACCGGCGACAUUCUCAAUCGUUGGAGAGACUCGAAAUGUUCCGCGCAAGUUACCGCUAUUGCGCAAAGCAAGGUCGACAAGGACGUUUUCGCCGUCGGAUACGAUGAUGGUAGUAUUCGGCUAUGGGACAAGUAUGCGACCACCAUUGUGAGCUUCAACGGACAUCGCUCAGCCAUCACGACACUUGCCUUCGAUCGCUCCGGCGUCCGCCUUGCGAGUGGCUCCCGAGACACCGAUGUCAUCAUCUGGGAUCUGGUGGCCGAAGUUGGACAAUACAAGCUGAGAGGGCACAAGGACCAGAUAACGGGGCUGCAGUUCGUCGAGCCGCAAGAGGAGGUUUCCGAGGAAGAUGGCUCUCAGGCCAUGGUUCUCGACGGUGCACAGGAUCCGUCUGAAGGCUUCCUCCUGACCACAGGGAAGGACGCUCUGAUAAAGCUGUGGGACCUGGGCUCGAGACAUUGCAUCGAAACCCACAUAGCCCAGACGAACGGCGAAUGCUGGGCAUUGGGACUUUCUCCGGACUACAGCGGGUGUAUUACUGCCGGAAACGCCGGCGAGCUCAAGGUUUGGGCUCUCGAUGCAACAGCACUAGCUGCAUCGCGCCAUCAAGUUGAUAUGGCAGCGAACAGGCAGUAUCUGAAGGACCGCGGGACACUGUUUCGACAGGGUAAGGACAAGGCAACCGAGAUUAUCUUCCAUCCCAAGCGAGAUUACUUCGUCGUCCACGGAUCAGAGAAGUCGGCGGAAAUUUGGAGGAUACGGUCCGAAUCUGAAAUCAAAAAGAGCAUGGCCCGCAAAAAGAAGAGAAGACGAGAGAAACUCGCGCAGAAGAAGGUGCGCCAGGUGGAUGGCGAAGCCGAGUUGGAUGGGGAGGACGAGCAAGAGGAGGAUGCUACCAGUGCCGAUGUGACGGAUGCUUUUGCGCAACAUCUCAUCAUCAGGACAGGUGGAAAGACCAAGUCAAUCGACUGGGCUGACACCCACGGCAAGAAGAGGCUUCAGCUACUGGUCAGCACUACGAACAAUCAACUGGAGCUAUACAACAUACCGCUGAAACAGAAGAGCUCAAAGUCGAAGGAAGAGGAGGUUCCGGACUACGAGCGAGCGUUGUCAGUUGAGAUGCCAGGCCACCGAGCAGAUAUUCGAUCGCUAGCCUUGAGCUCUGACGACAGGCUGCUCGCCUCAGCAUCCAAUGGUAGCCUCAAGAUUUGGUCAAUCUUGACGCAGAAAUGUGCCAAGACGUUGGAGUGCGGGUAUGCGCUGUGCUGCUCAUUCCUGCCCGGAGACAAGCUUGUUGUUAUUGGCACGAAGAGUGGCGAGAUUGAACUAUUCGAGGUGUCGACAGGGAAUCGGCUCGACAGCGAAGUUGCUCACGAGGGCGCAAUAUGGUCUUUACAAGUUCACCCGGACGGCAGGUCGAUCGUUUCGGGAAGCGCAGACAAGUCUGUCAAACUCUGGAAAGUCCACGUUGUCCAGGAGCCAGUCCUUGGGACAACCCGAACAACAGCGCGCCUCAAACUUACACACUCGAGGACAUUGAAGGUGACGGAUGAUAUUCUCAGCCUCAAGUUCUCACCCGACGCCAAAUAUCUAGCCGUUGCUCUGUUAGAUAGCACGGUGAAGGUGUUUUUCACAGACUCCUUGAAGUUAUAUCUGAAUCUCUACGGUCAUAAGCUUCCUGUCUUGGACAUGGACAUAUCGUACGACAACAAGUUGAUUGUCACUUGUUCGGCAGACAAGACUGUCAGGAUAUGGGGUAUGGACUUUGGUGAUUGCCACAAAGCAAUCAUCGCUCAUCAGGACAGUAUCCUGCAAGUCAAGUUCGUGCCGAAUAAUCAUGAAGGCAAUGGUCAUCAUUUUUUCAGUGCCAGCAAGGACCGAACAGUCAAGUAUUGGGACGGCGACAAGUUUGAACAAAUUCAGCGAUUGGACGGCCACCACGGAGAAAUUUGGGCGUUGGCCAUCAGCCAAAGCAGCGAGCCGGCAUUUAUUGUCAGUGCCAGUCACGACAAGAGCAUUCGAGUCUGGCACGAGACAGACGAACAGAUUUUCCUCGAGGAAGAAAGGGAAAAGGAAAUCGAAGAACUGUACGAGACAACAUUGACCAGCUCCUUGGAUCAAGACCCCGACGACGAGCAGAAUGGAGAGGUGGCAGCCGCUACCAAGCAGACCUCGGAAACAUUAAAUCACGGCGAGCGGAUUGCCGAAGCUUUGGAACUCGGCAUGGCCGACUUGCACCUGAUGAAAGAGUACGAAGAGGUGAAAGCGGCCAACCCCCAUCCUGGCCCACCUCAGCGCGACCCGAUGUUCUUGGCUCACAACGGAAUAUCAGCUGAGGAGUACGUUAUGAAGGUUCUCCAAAAGCCCGCAGCAUCUGCCCUGAACGAUGCAUUGCUUGUCCUGCCCUUUGCGACAGUCCCGAUGCUCUUUACGUUCCUCAACAUUUUCGCCAUGAGGUCCAUGAACAUCCCCCUCACAUGUCGGAUCUUGUUCUUCAUGCUGAAGACACAUCACCGGCAAAUCGUGGCUAGCAGGACAAUGAGGGCCAUGCUGGAUGGUAUCAAGACAAAUCUUCGGAAGGUGCUCAAACGGCAGAAGGAUGAGAUGGGCUACAACAUAGCAGCCCUGAAGGUGGCCGGGAUGCAGAUCCAGGAGAAGAGUGUCAAGGAGUAUGUGGACGAGAACUGGGACGAUGGCAACGACAGCCAGAACGUCAAGAAACGGGCUUUCGUGUAUGUGUCAUGA